UAAGCUUAUGUUCAAAUGGCGUCGCCAUGGUUGGACGGCAGGCUGGUGCUCAAGCUUCUACCCAUUGUAUUUCUGAUUCUGAUACAUAGCAGUGUGGAAGCUACCCGAGGAACACAUUCUAAAAAUAAUUUAGAUUGUGAAUGGAAGGAGGAUUUGUGCAACGAAGCUCGUCCUUUAUUCAUCAACCCGCAAAUGAAGGUUGGUCCAUUUUCAACUUUGUACGCGCCUCUGCCACCAAAAAUUGGAAAACACAACCCGGCCCUGAUGCGGGUGCCGAAUGGUCAAAAGGUGGUCCUAGCGUGCUCCGGCAAAAGGAACUCACUGGUGCGACGUAGACGCAAAACGUACGCCGAGUUGGAAUGCCGUGAAGGGACAUUCUACGAAAACAACGCGAAAGUUGACGACUUAAAGACACCCUUGAGCGAGUCAUGCCACUCAAAGCAAGUCGUGACCUUUGAGGAGCACGAGAAUAACGGCGAACUGAAGACCUUUGACCUCUCCAUGCUGGUCAUCGCCUCUAACAACGAGGUGUACUUCAAGGUGCGCGUGCUUGACGGCGUCUUCGACCAGAACUGGAAUGUUCUGCUGACCAGGAUGACGAUGACCAAAGACAUCAAGAGAGCGGUGUGCGUUGGCAAAAGGUACGAAGGUUUCUUCCACGCUUACGGCAAACAAGAUUUGAUAGAUAUUUCCUCAACGUACGGCAAAAAUUGGUACACACAUGUAAUGUCCUCGACGUGCCUUCCCUCCGCCGUGAAGAAGUUACGUAGUUCAGACGUUCUUUACAAAAUGUUCGGCACAUCAACUGUGCCCGUCGCCGACUCAGAAAAGUACCUGUCGAGGGGCCACCUGUCGGCCAGCAACGACUUCCCCUUCAAGUAUCAACAGGACGCGACCAGCUCGAUGCUCAACGUGGCGCCACAGUGGCAGAGUUUCAACCUAGCUUGGAAUACAGAAGUCGAGGAAAAGACCCAAAGUAUGGCUGCCAACACAGAGAAGGGUCUUGUCGUAUUGACCGGCACCCUCGGCACUCUCAAGUUGCCCCUGGAUUGUGGCUGGACGGGGAAGAGUCGAGAUCGGAGCAUCAACCGAAUGGUGAUCAACACGGACAAGAACAACAACAUUCUGGUGAAGGACAUCACCAUCUACAAGAACAACUACAGGGUGCCCGAGAUCUACUGGAAACUGACGUACCCUGUGGGUGCAGAAGGCGAUGUGAUGCAGGAGGGAACGGUUAAGAUCGGCUUCAACACUCUCCACACUUCGGGCCAACUGGAAAAAGAAAACCAGCUCUACCAAUUGCUGAACGGUUAUUGUAAAAAAAUGGUGAACAAGGAAGUAGCGAUUUUUGACUGCUCGGUGGGGAAUUUCUUCUUGUCGGUCGAUGCUGAUUGCGAACCACUGCAGCUGCCGCAGAAACUGAUGAAGCUGCUUGAAGGAAACUGAAGGAAACGUUAAGAAAUUGAAACAAACAAUUUAUUACAACAUUGGAAAUUUUAAAAGCAUCCUCGCUGUGCGUAAAAAAAUAAUUUAGAUUCAAAAAAAGUUCUUAUUUUCAUUUUAGUUUGAAAUUUAUGAUUUUGAUUUAUUUUGUUAAGUAAAGGUGAAAGUUGGGCCGCAGAGUGGCGAAGUGAGCGAGCUAAUUACGCAAUAAUUUCAUUUCAUUUUAUUUCCUUACAACAGGUCAAAAGCAUUUGAGUCAAAAUUUACAUUACGGAGAAAUAGGCUUUACAGUACUAGUGAACAACUCACUGAAAACUCAUAUAUCAUUGAACUGAAACAAACAAGAAAUUUACCUCCGCCCUCAAUACUCGCGCCGAACUGUAGCCUUAAAAAAUUAAUCUAUUAAUAAUAAGUGAAUACUUUGACUAAGUAGAAAUAAUGCACAACUUUGUAUGGAAAAAUGCAAAGUUUAAGGAUGUAUUUACAAAACGAUUCUGCAAAAUAAUUAUUCUGAAAUAAUAAUAAUUUUAAAUAUAAUACAAAAACUGACUGUACGUAUUGUAAAUUUUGCAGAGAUUUUUGUCCACAAUAUAAUAAUUAAAAGUUGCUCAGCAAAGAAAAUGGGCCGAAAUUACUCUUUUACAUUUAUGUGUUUUAGUCUUACUCCAUGUUUUCACCUACUAUGUUUAAAAAACAUUAGUUUCUCUAUAGAAAAAAUUUAUUAAUGAAUUAAUGAAGAAAAAAAUUAAUCCCACGAUGCAAUGAAUCGGCUAAUAUCUGAUUUCCCAGCUGUUUGAACAUUUCAUUUGCUGCUGCAUCCCCCUGGACGACAAAUUACGUGUGUAUUUUUUGCCACAAUGGGGCGUACGGGCGGUGCGUCCGGGAUAUAUUAUACAUAUUUCGUAUGCUGCGGAACAAAACACAUAUCAAGCAUAAUAAUAGUAAGCCUGGCCUCGGGACUUGCACUUAUUCACGCUGUUGUGUAAAUGUCAAGAUAAUGUAGGAUGGCACUUUGUGUGUUGCGGCCUCUAUUAUAAUAAUUAUUAUCCUUUUUGCCUCUCGUCGUCGUCGUCGUCGGUGGAGAAUACAUUGUUCUGCCGCUCGCUCUCUCUCUCGUAUUUACAUGAAUGUAAGUGAAUGUAAGAGAAGCAUUGUUUGCUGUUCAGACCGACGGGGCUGCUCCUUUUGUUUUAAUUUCCUACAUGGCAAAAAUUCCGCAGGAUAUUAGCAUUAGCCUCUGGAGGUUCACCAUUUUUCGCGCGCGUGCAUAUAUAAUAUUCACAUACACGUCGGCAAUGGUAAGCAAAAUAGGCGGUAUUUUCCUUUGGUAAUAAGGCCAUUUAUUUGUCGGCUUUAACUUUUCCUAAAACACAUUUUUUUUCUAUUUUUAUUGCGAAUUAAAAUUUUAAAAUGAAAUUAACAGAGUCAAGAGCUACUCUCAUUGUCAGAGAUAUAAAACAAUUAGGGCAAUUUAUUUUUAUUUGACAGCCCUGACAAGAUUUAUCACAUCAUAUUCUGAAUUCAUAGUAAGAAAUGAGGGAAAAUUAUGCUGCAAUAGACAAAAUACAUCAUGUUGAUGUAAAAAUUAAAAAUAACCUAAAAUCACACCUUUGCUGAAAAUUCUCGUAUUUUACAUCUAUUUAUUUAGAAAAUAACAACAUAUUUUAACCUAAAAUCACUCUUACUCCAUUAGAUCUAAUUUUUUGAUCCUUAAUUUCACCUUAAAUUUUACCCAAAAAUGCAUACUUCAAAAAAUU